CAGUGAUCGUAAUCAUUGUGGAUAAAAUUUUUAAAAGGACUUUCUAUUCUUCACAUAUGUUCAGAACACUAAGCUUUAUUGGAAUAAAUUGUACUGGAAGGAUUGUAUCACGAAACGAGAAUAAUAUUGACUUGAUUUUAUCACAGCUGACUAUAAACAUCUCAUCAUUAUGUUAAAGUACUCAACCAGGAUUAGAAUUUAUAGAAGCGAAAUUCUGUUGAUGAACAUCCGUUUGCAGAAUGUGCUCAAAACUCUUCAACAUCAUAUAUUUGUUAGACAGUCAGUCUAAAAAUAGCUAUCCCGAUCAAUAAUAUUUCAUUUUUAUGUAUCAUUAUUUGUAGUGACUUAACAGUGUGGAUGUAUACAAUGAUUUAAUUGUAUCAUCAAUAAAAAAAUGUCAUUGAUUCCAAAUACAAUUGACCUUGGACAGUGAUUUCUUUAUAUCCAUACAUAUUCGUGCAAAACAUGAUUUGUUUAUUGAUCCGUAUAUAUGUAUAUGAUAAACAUAAUUAAAUAAAUCAUUUUUUGAUUGAUGCACACACUUUGGCGAUAUACGCUAAAUUAAUUAAACUAGCGAUUAUUAGUAGUUAAUCAGUUUUCAGAAUAGCUUGACCAUUCAUUCAUCCACAUGAUGUUGCUUAAUUGUUGUAUUGUUAAAAAAUCUAAUCUCUUCAAAAAUAUUAUUCAUACUAAACGUUAUGCAAUGUCUGCUGAUAUAAAAACUGUUCUGGCUUCCAAACAUUACGGUUUUAUGGGAUCUGGUAAUAUGUCUCAAGCAUUGGUCAAAGGUUUUCUAGCCUCAAAUGUAAUCACUGGUUCGCAAGUUACAAUGACUGAUCGGUAUGGUUUAUCAUUUCCAGAUGCAGAGUUUCUGAUACCGCUGAAAGCUCUAUGUUCUAAAUAUGGAGUAGAAUAUAUACAAACAAAUGAACCAAUGGUGGAAAAAAGUGAUGUCGUGUUCGCCUGCGUUAAACCACACAUAUUACUACCAGCUCUAAAAAGUCUAUCCGAUCGUUUAAAUGAUAAACUUUUGGUUUCUAUUGCUGCAGGGAUUACACUAGACCAAAUACAACAGGCUGUGCCGAAAUCUACUCGAAUUAUCCGUAUUAUGCCUAAUACACCGUGUCUGGUCGGUGUUGGUACUGCAGUGUAUGCACAUACAUCUUCUGUUACUGAAGAAGAUAUUAAUUUGAUUUCUGCCUUAUGUUCAUCAAUCUUUCCUGUAUUUGAAGCUAUCCCGGAAUCUUUAUUUAAUGCAGCUGUUGGAGUAUCAGGAUCAUCUCCUGCUUAUAAUAAAGCAUUACCGACCAUUAAAAUGGUUAUAAAUGAUAUUUCUCAUGAUUCUUGUGAGGAAAGAAAAAAUACACCAUAUUAUAUGUUAGUCUCAAAUAAAUCUUAACAAUCACGAGUGUGUUAUGAUGUAUAAUCAAAGAUGGUUGUAAAUUCUGACCACAUAACAACUGUCAAAUAUCAAUACAAAAUUUCAAUUUUUGUUUUGCUAUCUAUCAUCUAUCUGUAAGGCAACAACAACGUGUGAAUUCAAUUAGUAAAAAAAAGUUUUGCACAAAUGUGACGAGAAAUUUACUACAUUUUUUAAACAUUUUCAUCCAUUUAAACUUUUAUUGUUGUACGUUUUAAAGUCAGACUAAGGGUUUAUAAUAUGAUACAGUCUUGUGUGCCUAAUAGUCAUUGUUCUUGUAAAGUGUAAUAAAGUUGAAUAUUUCCGUUCUAGUCAUUUCAUAUUUAAAUGUUACAGGUUUUAUUUUUUAUGUUUUCUACUUUGUAUACUUAAUUUUUAUUGUCUGAAUCUUUCAAUCUUGUUUCCACCUAACACAUUAUGCUGUCAGUAAAGGGUUGUAAAAACUGUUGAGUUUUCACAUGAAUUAAUUGAUGUUAGACCACCAUUGAAAAACUGGAAGCAUUAAGGACUAGCUUCAAGAGGUAAUUCUCGGAGGCCAUAACCAUUGGAGCUCAUCUGUGUCGGGUAGAGACAGGUAUCUACCUCAGUACAGUAGAAGAUGGUAGCUGCGAGGCCGCCAAGCCCCCACAUGCCCUGGUACGGUCGAGAGUGGGGAGACUCCACUCUUUCUCUCUCGAAAUGCUCUCACAUGGCCAAGCGUAUACAACCACUACCAGGGAAGUCCUAAUCACUACCUUCUCGCGGCAUUACUGUUGUUUACGAAAUUGAGAGGACGAAAAGCGAAUAUCCGGCGCUUUAACCGGGUUCGUGGACACGGAAAGUCUACCUAGCGGAGUUGAAAGUACCUGAUUCCAAACCAGUGGUCCAUAUGGGCUCCAGUAUCCUGAAGGAACAAAUGGCGUAUGAACUUGUCGUCACCAGCUACCAUGGGACUGCGUAUCCUGACGUUGCUCCACUGCCUUGUGGAUCAGAUCUUUAGGUCGAAGGCUCCGGGUGUAGUCCCUUAAGAAAACCACCUGCUUCAGUUCGGGCACCCGAGCAAUAUUCUAGCCGUCACAUAAAUCGAAUGAUUUAUGUGGUGCAUAUGUAUUUGUUGCCUCUUUGUACCAGUUUUUAUGUGUUUAAGUAAAUAAAUAAAGAUGGUCGCGCAAUGUUAUGGAUCGAUUGCAGUUAAACGUCAACACCGUUGGAUGCCGGUUCAGUGGUCUACAGGGUAAUCGUUGGUUUGGGAGACCGAAGUUCCUGGGAUCGAAUCCCGCGUGCGAGAUCGUGGGUGUGCACUGUUGAGUAGUACCAUACUAUGACGAAACGACCGUUCAAUGUUUCUAGACUUUCAAUGAUGGUCUGGCAUUGAUCGGUUUAUGAUAUCAAUAUUAUACUGUCGUUUUGUUUGAAACAUUAAGACAUGUAUGUUUUUUUCUAUAUGCGACGAUUGUGAUACACUAAUUUUAACUCUAUUUAUUAUUUCUGAGUUAUUUUUACCUUUUUUUGAAUCGAAAACAUUGACAUCACUGGAAACCAGAGUGAACUGAACGAUCAUUAGUAAUAAGUAUGACUACCUAGUGACUAAUUUAAUGAAAAUUUAAUAGUCAUAUGCUGAUUAGUCGUUAGCUUAAAAAUAGAUUGCUCACAGUUUAUAUUGGAAUCUAUAAUGUAUGAAGUAAAUAAUAUCUAGUGGUUAUCAUAGUGCUUCAGCUAUGAUUUUGAAUUAGGUUUACAGUUGUAUAAUGAACUUACGCUGUGGAAUAAUUCCUAACUAGCCAAUGAAUUCUGAUUGUUUCUUCAAAUGAUGUAUUGAUUUACAGUAAAAAAGUGCAAAUGGUAAUAAGUAUUAAGUUGGAUACGGGAAUUUGUGGAGAUCGUAGUAUUUUCAGAGUAGAAUUCACGAGUCGAUCUAAGCUAGACCAUCAUUGAAAAGGUUGAAGCCGUUUCGUCCUAGCAUGGGACUCAUCAGCUAUUCAAUUUGAACAAUAUAAAAAACAAUAAUAAUAGCUAAUUUGAAGAAUUUCAUAGUUUAUUCAUUUAUAUAAAUUGAACUAACUAUAUUCAUUUCACCAUCGAAUAUGCUUCUUCCUGAUCAGUCGUUAAACAAUUUAAUUCAUUUUUCGGUCACUGAUUUAUGAAAUUUAUCAUCUGAAUUUCCACCAAUACCGUACUAUAGUUUAUACAGUUUUUUUUCCAAAAGUUUCAUUGUAGUUUUAUUUAUUUCAAAUUGAAUAUAUUAAAGUAUUUAAUUUGUUCUAAUCAAGUGUAGUUUGUUAUUUCAAUCAGUUCAGUAGCGUAUUGUUCAUUAAUGUAAAUUCUAGUAGUGAAUGACAUAAUUAAGUGUAUCAUCUCUACCUCUACGAUUCAGAAUUUUUCAAAUUCACCACCAUCUAUUAAUGUUUCUAACCAUUUUAUUAUUUUAAAACUAACGACAGAUUCAAUGUUACGUCUUUCUUUCUUUCUAUCGAUUGAUCCAACUGUUUAUCUAUUCAUCAAGGCAACUAUAGUUUGUCAAUAAUUUAUUGCGUUGUAAAAGAAUAAAUAUGAACAUAAAUAAAUAAGUUGCACUUCUAUGUUCUUAACACUGAAUAAUUUAUUAUUAUUAUUAUUCAAUGCAAAACUGUCUAUUCCUUGAUGCAAAAGCGACAAUCGUUAUCGUUGUCUAGAUCCGAAUUUUGUUUCUUAAAAAAAAACACAAUAUCACCGUCUCGAACCUAUGGACAAAGUAAUAAAAGUAGUACCAGUAGUAUGAUAUAUAUAUGUUUAUAUAUAUUCAGUCUAUUCUAAUAAUCCAUUCUUUGUACCUACUAAUAUCCUUACUAUUUUCUACUUAUAAAAUUCAAUAUUUUGGUUCUGUCAAACAUAUGUUUAUUGUGAGACAAACGGCAUUUUACGGAAUUGAAUAUUUCCUGUGGGAUUCAAAAGGAGACGGUUAUUAAUCUUUUCUUGCCUUGGUCGACACGUACCUCGUAUUAGUUAUGUGUAUAUGUGUGCAUCAUGUAAAAAGUUUACAAACCUAUCUGUUUCAUGAUUGAAUUAUUGUAGUGUUAAUUUCUGAUUUGUAUUAUUUCUCCCUGUACUGUUGUAUUACUAAUUUACGUAGAAUAUUAUGUGCAAUUGUGUCGUUUAGAAAAAGAUGAAAAUUUCUGAAUCCAUGUAGAAGAUUUUUCAAGGAAAGGAAAUGACUUUCGAUAGUUAAGUUAUGAAUUUCAAGAUAGUCGUUUUACAGUGAUGUGUGUUACUGAGAUGUUUUCUACACUAAAAUGAAGAUAUCUACUCUUUUGUUCCCAACGAAAACAAACCUUUUGUAAAAUCAUUUUUGCACUUGUUUCAGAAAUUCAGAAUUCAUUAACUUUUAGCUUAUUUGUUCCGUUUGGUUAAAUCUUCCCGUCGGUAUUUAGGACUGUAAUGGAUUAGUCUCUUUUAACAAAUAUGCGUUCUAUACAGACAGCCUCGAUCUUAUCAUUAAGUCACAGGAAUUUCAGUCAUAAUUAGGUGUUGGCUAAUAACGGAAUCCAGGAUUUGUGCUUCGUCCAUUUUGGGACUCAUCAACUGUGCGCACCUGCAUUCUAUAGUUGAUGUUCACAUCGGGACUCAAAACACAUAAUUUGUAAGUCCAUCUCCAUUGCACAAGCUAGUGGCUAUAUCGACUUGCCAAGUUCAUAAUGUGUUGAACGUAUGAAGCGAACAGUACUGGGUUUGAGUCCCUGCGUAAAAAUCAGUAUUGGGAUGCUGGUAUAUACAAUUGACAAGUCCCGAAUAAGUUAAAACGCGCAUCGUGUAUUCCAUUGCUCGGCAGCAUCCAAAUCUGCCUAGAAAAUAUUUUGUUUUUUGUUCAAACUAAAAUUUAUAAUUUCAUUUAGUUAAGUGUUUGGAUAAGUAAAAACAGGAAUUUAGUCUAUUUAAGUUGGAUUUACUCGAAUUCUUUGGUUGAAACGAAUACAUAUGUAUUUGUUUCACUACUUAAAAACAUUUAAUUACUUUUAUGUAAACAAAGUUUGUUGUAAAUACUCAGUAAGGUCAUUGAUUUCAAUUAAAUAUCUGUGUGUAGGUUACAAUUAAUUUUGCACUUGUUAAACAAUAAGGUUUCACUAAAUAGAGUAGUCUUAAAUGAAAGUGAAAAAAACCAUUUGACACUUUUCUUCAUUUUAUCAAGACACUGAAGAAGAAUACCGCAACGGUUCCAUAAGUUAGAAGCAAGUCUACUAUAAAUAAAAAGCAUGUCGUCUAAAAUCAUUGUAAUAAAUAAGACUAACAUUCAUCAUAUUUUGUUUAGGUUAUUUGAUUAGUAAAUUUCAUCCUAUAAUUUAUUUGAUGUUACCAUAUGCUUGUUUAUAUAUAGGUUAGUGCUUAUACUAUAUAGUUUCCAAAAAACCACGUUUACUAGUACAACAUGUAGACAGAUGUCACAAAAAGAAUUUUUAAUGGUUUUAUUUUGUAUAAUAUUAGCAUUACCAAGUAUAUUCUUCAUCUUGAAAUUGACCCAUGUUUAAUUGUAUAGUUAGCUCUCAGUUAUUCUUCAAAUGUUUCCUAGUUUAUGGUAGGUAUUGUCUUCCAACUGAUCAGUAUUUCUAUGUUAUAAUUCACCCAUACUCUUCGAAUUCAAUUAUCACGAGACGUAGAUCGAACAAGGUUUCUUGCCGAAUAUCUUCAACAACUUAGCAACUUGGAUCCUAUUGCUUAAUACAAACAUUAUUGAAUUAUUUUUCCAUGAUAUCAUUUUCUUUUUGUUAUAUGUUGAAGUACCUUUAAUAGAACUAACUACAAUAAUCUGUUUUAUUAAAAAAAGCCCGAAAAUCUUAUCAAAUGUUGCAUUAAUUCUAUGCACGAC